CCCCUUUCACUUCUGACUUUACUUCACCGACACACUUUGGUCGCGACUGAUGUGAAUAUGCCCGCAACUGAAUGUGUUAACAUAGGCUGGGCAUUAUAAGUCUUUCUUGCCGAAGCUUUGCGGGUGCCUACCUGCGACUCCCCGGAACCUUGCAACAUGGACAGCGGGGGAAGAAAAGUGGUCGUUUGUGACAAUGGCACCGGGUUUGUAAAGUGCGGUUUUGCUGGGUCCAAUUUUCCCGACCACAUCUUCCCUGCCCUAGUGGGUCGACCCAUCAUUCGGUCAGAUACAAAAGUUGGCAAUAUAGAGAUCAAGGAUCUUAUGGUUGGCGAUGAAGCAAGUGAAUGCCGCUCAAUGUUGGAGGUAUCAUAUCCCAUGGAAAAUGGUAUAGUCCGCAACUGGGAAGAUAUGCUGUUUCUCUGGGAUCACACCUUUGGCCCGCAGCGGCUUAACAUCAACCCUCCCGACUGUAAAAUUCUCCUGACAGAGCCUCCUAUGAACCCACUGAAGAACCGUCAGAAGAUCACUGAGGUCAUGUUUGAGACCUACAAGUUCCAUGGUGUCUAUAUGGCUAUUCAGGCAGUGCUGACUCUAUAUGCUCAGGGUUUGUUAACAGGUUUAGUGAUUGAUUCAGGAGAUGGUGUGACUCAUAUUUGUCCUGUAUAUGAGGGCUUCUCUCUGCCACAUCUUACUCGCCGUUUAGACAUCGCGGGACGGGACAUCACACGUUAUCUCAUUAAGCUUUUGCUUCUGAGAGGCUACGCUUUCAACCACACGGCGGACUUUGAGACAGUGCGGAUGAUGAAGGAGAAGUUGUGUUUUGUGGGUUACAACAUCGAACAAGAACAGAAACUAGCAAACGAAACAACAGUUCUGGUGGAGUCAUACACAUUACCAGAUGGGCGGAUGAUAAUGGUUGGAGGUGAAAGGUUUGGAGCACCAGAGGCACUUUUUCAGCCUCAUCUCAUUAAUGUGGAGGGUGUUGGUGUGGCUGAACUUCUCUUUAACACCAUUCAAGCAGCAGACAUUGACAUAAGGGCGGACCUUUACAAACACAUUGUCCUGUCUGGUGGCACAACCAUGUACCCAGGACUUCCUUCCCGUUUGGAGCGUGAGAUCAAGCAACUUUACCUAGAGAGGGUUCUGAAAGGAGACACAGAGAAACUCUCUAAAUUUAAAAUUCGUAUUGAAGACUCUCCGCAACGUAAACACAUGGUGUUCAUGGGUGGUGCGGUGCUAGCCAACAUCAUGAAAGAUAAGGAGAGUUUCUGGAUGUCACGAGCGGAGUAUGAGGAGAAAGGCCUGAAGGUGCUGGACAAACUUGGAGGUGGACAAAAAUGAGGAAGUCAUCACAAAUCUCAACACCAUCACUAUACAUACGUAUAUAGAAAGAUUAUAUAUAUCACAUGAAUUGUUAUAAAUGUAAAGCAGUUUGGAAAUUACAAAAACAGAAAUAAACCUUUUGACAGUUACAUUCUAAUGAAAAUAUUAACUAACUGGCCCAUUUAUAAACGUUAUUCCUAAACAGAUGGAGGUUUUGAAUAGGUUCACUUCUUUUAAGGGAAAUUUACACCCUGAUAAAGUAAGCAAAACUCUUUUUCUCCCUCUUUCUCUCUCUCUUUCUCGCUCUCUCUCUCUCUCUCAGCUAAUUGUAUCAUCUCAUAUUGCUGUGUUUCAUAAAUAAAGACAACAUUUUCAUUAAAAAAGAA